UUAAAAGACACGCUCUAUAUGGAGAGACAGAGGAUGGGGGCGGGGAAAUAAAGAAUGUAGCUCCACACCUCUGCUUAUUUCCUUUCACUUAAUUUUUCUUGUCACUUGCUCCACACAUUUGUUCUUGUCAGUCACAGGCAAGAUGGAAAACUCUCUGCUGAUGUCUCUUACGGCGCUCCUGCUCCUUGGAGUUCAAGGAAUUGCAGAUCAGAACAUAACCAGCAACUCCACGUCCCCCUUGACCCCACCAUGCCCUACGAUACCCACUGUCCUACAGACACCCUGUCCGAUUAUCAUCCGUAAUAUUACUACGUCUGUUCUGUUCUGGCUGAAGUUAAAAUGGAAUGAAGAGAGUCCAUGUGAGGGUCGGCUGUAUGUGCAUUCUCAUGAGCCUCCAAAGGCUUUGUGCUUUAAUAGUAACAUAUCAGUCAGCUGGUGGAAAGAAGUGUGUAAGGACAGAAGAUGUGGAGACUUCAAGGUCUUUAAGUCUACAUCAAGCCGAGUUGACGGUAUCAAGCUCACAAGCAAUAUGUCGUUCAUUUAUACUAAGUGCAUGGGAAGCCAUAUCAUGUGUCAAGAUCCUCCAGGAACAGAGUUGGCUGCUUAUAAAGCAGCAACUGGCAUCUUCAUUUUCUUGAUCUUGGGUGUCAUUAUGGUUCAAUUCAGUCGGCCCACAUACAAAGCCAUCCGCAAAAGAUUUUCACAAAAACGUCAGAGUCGCUGGGUCGGCCCGACUCAGAGCGUGUGCUAUCACAGAGGUCAAGGACCCCCAAACAAAAACACAGACAAGAGACAGUCCUUUCCUGGUUUGGAGAGGCUGACGGUAAACCAGAGCAGAGAGCCCUCAUCCAACAGAAACAGUGACUAUGACUCAUACAGCUGAAGGCCUGUGCUCACAAAAGACUUACUGACCCCAAGCACAACACUCUCGUCAUCUACAAUCUGCAGAUUGUUUUACGUUACACAGCUUCGGUUGUUUUGAGCUGUCGAUUGGCAAGUCAAGAAAGCUGUACAUAUCUUUGAAAAGUGAAACUGAGAAAUCCAUUUAAAAUAAUAAUAAUUUAGUCUCAACAUAACCACAAAAGUGCUUACUUGGUAUAGCAUAGCAGGCUUCCUUUUAUUCAUUAUUCAUUUUUUAUGCUUUGUAAUGACUUGAUUUUGCUGUUUGUUUUGCAAAAUGGGAAUUCGCUCAUGUCCUGGAAGAUGAUGCUUUUUUUAAAAAAAGUUUAUUUAUGCAAGUGAUUGAUUUUUGAGUUGGAGUAUGAAUCAUUUUAAAUAAACUAAAAAGA